AGAUUUGUAACGACCACUGUCUACAGGUCCCACCCAAUUCCUCACAUCACCCAAAUCCUAACUUAAUCACUUUGAUUUUUUGUAUCAACUCAACUGAACUCAACUCAACAACCGGCUCCACAACACAGAACCCAACAAAUAAUAAAUAAAAACUAUUGGAUUGGAUUGAAAGUUGAAACAUGAAACACACAACACAACACAACACAACCCUCUCUUCUCUUCUGAUCAACCUUCACAAUUUGCGUCUUCUCUCUAUCCUCUCAUUUAUCUCCUAAAACCUCCCUCCUCUUCUUGCGCUUCCUGUUCCUUAAUUAAUCAAUUUACAAAAACAAAAAAAAAAAUGGUUCCAAACAAAUCCUUAACUUAUUUCCCAAACCCUUUUGUUUCAUCACCCAAACAACAAUCUUUUGUUCUUGUUUUGUUCCAGUAACAAACAUAGCAACCUAGUACUACAAACAGAACAUAACAUGGCAUCUUCUAAUACUCAUACUGAAGCUGCAAAAACAGAACAAAUAAUCAUAGAAUUCUUCGCUAAAAGUCUUCAUAUUAUAAUCGAAUCAAGAGCACUUUCUGCUUCAUCACGUAAUUUCAGCACCCUUUCUUCACCAUCUUCAACUUCUUCAUCAUCAUCAUCAAGUGUUCGUCCUAGAGAUAAAUGGUUCAAUCUAGCACUCAGAGAAUGUCCUACAGCACUAGAAAACGCAGACCUAUGGCGUCACAAUAAUCUUCAACCAAUUGUAGUGGAUAUUGUUUUGAUCCAUAGAACCCACCAAAAUCUUAGUUUUUCUCCAAAGGUUCGAUCUUUUUUAAAAGAUCGAAACCCCUUUGAAGAAUUAGGAGUUGGGUGUUCACAGAAUUCACAGAAUUUACAGAAUGAGAAGAUUAUUGAAAGAUGGGUGAUUCAAUAUGAAAGCAGAAAAAUUAGGGAUUGUUCUAAUUCAAAUGCUACUAGAAGAUCAAGUAAUACUUUUUUGCAGAAUUUGUAUAAGAAAUCUACUUUACUUUUAAGAUCUUUGUAUGCUACUGUUAGAAUUUUACCUGCUUAUAAGAUUUUCAAGGAACUUAAUUCAUCUGCAAAUGUUUCUGCUUUUACACUUGUGCACCGUAUUUCGACUUUUUUUGAACCAUUUACUACUAAACAAGAAUCUGAAAUGCUGAAGUUUGUGUUUACUCCUGUGGAUACUAAUUCUGGUAGGCUAUGUUUAUCGGUAAUGUAUCGUCCGUGUGUUUCUGAUGUGAGUUCUGAACCUUCAACUCCUUUGUCUCCACAAGUUAUAACUGAUUAUGUUGGUAGUCCUAUGACUGAUCGGUUGAUUCGGUUUCCGUCACUUCCUGUUGUUAGGGUGCCAUCACAUGAUUCUUCUCCAUCAUCAUUGCCAUUUUUGAGGAGACAUAGUUGGAGUUAUGAAAAUGGUAGAGCCUCACCUCCUUCGGUUAAUUAUUAUUCGCCUUCGCCUACACAUUCGGAAUCACAUACAUUGGUGUCUAAUGCUAGCUCUCCGUAUUGCUAUCCGCCCUCUAGUUUGCCUCCUCAUCCAAGUGAAAUGUCUUUGCUUCGGAAGAAGAAUGCGAAUUUCGAUGAUUACUAUCCUUCGCCCAAUUUCUCUCCUUCUCCCUCUCCUUCUUCAUCAUCUCCAAUCUAUAGUUUGGAGUCGUUAGCUUCGAAAACACUUUUACGCUCUGAAAGUGCUCCAGUAAACAUACCUAAUGCUGAAGUUGCUAAUUCACCUGGACAUACCAAUAGGCAUAAUUUGCCUCCAUCCACUCCCAUUAGAAUUUCGAGGUGUACUUCUGAGGCAGAUAGAAGUAGGAAUCUUAUGCAAUCUUGCUCAACAACUGAGAAGCUGUUUUCUCUUGGAAAAGAUGAGUCUCACAAGUAUUCUGGCGUCAAGAUAGCACCUAACAGCUCGCCACAAGUUUCAUUUUCCAGGAGCUCUAGCAGGUCUUAUCAGGAUGAUUUUGAUGAGACUGAUUUUACUUGUCCUUUUGACGUGGAUGAUGACGAUACGACAGAUCCAGGCAGCAGAGCGGAAUCUUUCGAUCGCGGUGAUAUGACUCAACUGUUUGAAGCUGGUAGAUUCCUUCCAAUUAGAAAGUCUCAAGGUGCUGCUGUUGGUGCACUUGUUCAUAUGUUGAAGAAAGCAGCACCUCUACAUCAAGACUUCUCCAGUUGUGAAAACUUGUCUCAGGGCACGCGUCCUGAAACCCGGAGGAGCAAUGAAGUUCAAGAGCCUAACCAGAUUCUAGAGACCCUAACACCAGCCAGUAUAAUGUCUUCUGGUAAUAGGAAAACAACAAGUGAUGCAUUGGAAGAGUUUCAUAGUUACAGAGAGAUGAAAAACUUGUUACUUAUGCCGCGCGGUGGUAGUAAGCGACAGACAUAGUCCAAAGUAUAUUUUUUGUCAAAAUUACGGUGAUACACUGUGAUUCUUCUAAAUUCAUUGUCAAUCUAAACAUGCACAUAGUUCUUUGCGUCUACAUCGGCUUUUGCUGGUGAAAUAUGUACACUUACAAAACAUGUUCUUCAUUUUGUGAAUAUAUAUGUUAAGUGAAUACAUGAAAAA